AAGUAGCACUGAUGUCGAUAUCAGAAGCUUUAGGAAUGCGAACGUGAAAGUUGCUUCCGCUGCGUGAAGUAGAAUGUUAUUACAAGCAUUAGUAAACAUGCCUGAGAGGUCACUCGUCUUGUAACUGGAACUCACUGCAUCCGAUGAACAAUUGUUGACAAACCUUAUACGCUGUUUAUAGGCAAAACUGGGAAGAAAGGACCUCAAAAUGACAUUAAAUAUUUUUAUGCUUCUUGGGAUUUUUUCACAUUCAAUAUCACUCUCGACCGCUGGCAGCCAUGGACGAGCCCUGCUAGCUGUUGCCCUCUCAGUGGGGUUACCACAGGGCAACUCUGCUCACCCUUCUGGAGGCUCGGAGCACUUGAUCAUGGCUGUCCGGGUGCCCAGUGUGCACCUGUCCCAGGAGGAGAUCGAGAGACUGCGCUUUAAACCCACCGUGGGCACCAUCUGGUGCUCACUGGGUGCAGAGGUCAAAUUCAACUGCUCAAUUGACCUCAAUGACGUAGGCCAAGACCUGAGCAUCCUCUGGUUUAAGGAUGGUAGAGAGAUUCCUGAUGGCAUGCAGACAACGGUGUACAACCAGGAGAGGACAGUGGCCCUCCUGUCCACCAUCAGUAUUAAGAAUGUUCAGCGAACAGAUGCUGGCAAGUACUGUUGCAGACUGAGCGUUAGUAACAAAGUGAUUGAAUCAAAUCCUAUCAUUGUUGAGGUAGAGGGCCUGCCAACCUUCACUAAGCAUCCAAGUGAUGUAAAUGUAACCAGGAAUACUUCUUUCACAUUGACUUGCGAGGCGGUGGGUCCACCGAAUCCUGUCACUAUAAUGUGGCUUCACAAAGGCCAGAAGUUGAACCACACCAGCCACUCCCCCAGCACCAUCACUAUCCAAGGUGUGGACAGCCCAACCCAGUAUAGCUGUGAAGCUCACAAUUCCAAAGGCGUUGCUGUCUCCAGAGAAGCUCACAUCAACAUUAAAGACAAUCCAGCCAAGGUGUCCAAUGUCACUGUGGUCAGACGUGAAGCGAACAACCUUAUCUUAAGAUGGACUCCUGGACAUGAUGGAUUUUCUCCUCUCAGUACUUGCAGUAUCACAGUGAGAGAACUAGGCAGGGAAGUGGGCAAUCCUACUCGGGUUGUCAGUCUGCAAGUCCCUCCGUUCUCAUGUGAGAUCACUGGCCUGAAAGCCAUGACCUGGUACAACAUGAGUGUGUCCUGCACCAAUGAGAUUGGCUACUCGCCACCCAGUGCCUGGGUCCAGAGCAACACCACAGAGGGAGUCCCUUCAGGGGCUCCGCUGAAUGUGAACAUUCAUGUAAAUGGCUCUAUGCUGCUGAUCCAGUGGAAGGCUCCACCCCCUGACAAGGUGAAUGGAAUUUUGAAGGGAUACGACAUCUUUAUCCAUGAUGGGAAACAUAUGAAUAAGAUUCACAGUAUCUCAACAGAGGCAGCAGUGGCCAUGCAGGUGUUUAACACCACAUAUAGCGUGGAAGUCAUGGCAUGCACACAGGCUGGCUGUGGAGUGAAAAGCUCUCCAUACUGGCUGUUUGUCCCUGAGAUUGAUUUGCCUCUAACCCCAUCUUCAGACUUUGAGUACAUCGUGUUCGGAGUGGUUUCUGGUUUCUGUCUGCUGAUACUCCUGCUGAUUGUGGUCAUGUGCCUGCGUAGUCGGGUACUAGAGACUCGACUUGGAAGGUUGCUUGGAACUGGAGAGAAACUGCCACCUGUUAUUGAGUACAGGCCACAGAGGUCCUACAAUCGAUCAGCCAUCGAAAUCACACUUGCAAACCUGGGGAUCAGUGAAGAACUCCAAGCCAAACUUCAGGAAGUGAUGGUCCUGAGAAGCCUGCUUGCUGUUGGAAAAGUGCUGGGAGAAGGGGAGUUUGGUGCUGUAAUGGAGGGUCACUUGAAGCAUCCUGAUGGAACCAGUGAAAAAGUUGCUGUAAAGACUAUGAAGUUGGAUAAUUUCUCUCAGAGGGAGAUAGAAGAGUUUCUGAAUGAGGCUGCCUGCAUGAAAGACUUUAACCAUCCUAAUGUCAUUAGACUAUUAGGAGUAUGUUUAGAAGUGGGCCCAGGCCAUUUUCCCAAGCCAAUGGUCAUUCUCCCUUUCAUGAAGUACGGAGACCUGCAUAGCUUUCUCCUUCGUUCCCGGCUAGGAGACACUCCUCGGUAUCUUCCCACACAGACUCUCUUGCGGUUUAUGAUUGACAUUGCACUAGGAAUGGAAUACCUCAGCAGCAGAAACUUUCUACAUAGAGACCUUGCAGCACGCAAUUGCAUGCUACGUGAUGACAUGACUGUGUGUGUGGCAGACUUCGGCCUUUCAAAAAAGAUUUACAGUGGAGAUUAUUAUAGACAGGGCAGAAUAGCCAAGAUGCCUGUGAAAUGGAUUGCUGUGGAGAGCCUGGCAGACCGAGUCUUCACUGUGAAAAGUGAUGUGUGGGCAUUCGGUGUAACCAUGUGGGAGAUUGCAACUCGAGGCAUGACUCCAUAUCCUGGUGUCCAAAACCAAGAGAUUUAUGAUUACCUCCUGGAAGGCCACAGGCUAAAGCAGCCAAAUGAUUGCCUAGAUGAACUGUAUGACAUCAUGUUCAGCUGUUGGUGUGCAGACCCUGUGGACCGGCCCGACUUCUUGCAGGUGCGGGGGAUGCUGGAGAAACUGGCAGAUAAGCUCCCCGACACGUCAAGCAGGAAAGAUAUCAUCUACAUCAACACAAGCUUCCCAGAGGAGGAACCACUGGUGGAAGGUCCCCUCCUCACCUCCUCACCAACCUGCAGACACCAGACCACAGACACAUCCAUUGUAACAGCAGACAUACACGAGAGCUCCCCCAUGGAGGAAGAUGACCGAUACGUUAUUGUCAUCUCAUCAGAAGACCCCUCUGUUGUGAUGCAGAAUCGCACCGUGGACUGUCCUCUUUUGGCAGAUAUAAGUUUGGAGCUGGACAGUGCUGACACUGUCAGGGAAGGAGCAGAUCUGCAGCAGGCCUAUAGCGACAUGACACACUUGCUCUGAGGCAUUAAGUAAAACAACAGAAGGAGACUUGGUGCUCGAAGUUGGAAAAACAUUUUCAUCCAUUGAUUUAACUGAGUUAAAGCUGCUGUAAUCAAUUUUGACAUUGUUGCUGACUUCUUCCAGACAGAAAAACAGUCUUCUGUUUUUGUUUUUUUCCCUGAUUCUUUGUACUUCAAACUAACCCAUGUCAGAGCAUUUGACUUGAUUUCUGACACUGCCAUAUGCAAUGUUUUAGAAAUACAGAGGUUCGAGCUUGCUAGGGGGGUUUCUGGGGCAUGCCCCCACCAUGUUGAGUAAAGAGUUUUUAGUAACAAGGUCACUCACUCUACCCAUGGUAAAGCAAUGGCGCUGGUGACCAGAUAAGAAAGGCCUUUGCAGCACCAAAGUAGUGUUUAGGUCAUUAUUUCAUGACUUUCAUUAUAUACACCUCUGAAAAAAUACAGCGGUCCAGACCUCCAUGACCUCAGUGGUGGGUAUGGCCUUGAUUUCAGAUAGUUAUUAACAGCAAUAACAGGCUAGAGCUUUGGAUGUGAAAAUAUGAUGAGCACUAACAACCAUGGCAUUAUGCGUAUGUGAGAAUGCCAUAUAUCAUAAAUGGCCAGUAUUUUUUAAGAAUUUAAAGAUUUUAAAGAGAUUACUUCAACGUAAUAUGGGAAUCUGAAUCUUAGUUUUCACAGUAGUGAAUUUUUGAGAAAAUAUAGUGUACAUAGACUUUAUGUAUAUUAGGUAUUCAUUUGUAAAUAUGAUGUAUGUGGUCCAGAUGUUUAUAUGUUUUAUUUUCUUAGAUGGGAUAAGGUAGUGUGAGAGGACAGGAGUGCAAGACCACAAAAAUGAAAAAGGAGUUUAACUGAAGGAAAGUAUUAGCCUGUGUCUGAAACGUUUGUGAUUGAACCAUUCACCAAGGUACUCUGUCAAAUAUAUGCAGUGUGAAAUUAUUUGCAGCUAUAAAUCUUUUGCUUAUUAAAUAGUGUUAGCAAAAGGAUGUUUGUAAUGUGAUUUUUCUAUUGCUUAGGCUAUUUUUAGGCCUAUGUAAGUUAUAUAUAAUAUUGUGAAUCUUAGAAAUCAGUUUCUAGGGGGUCUCUGAUUCAUUCCAGUGCAUGGGGCAUCUAAUUAAUUCAGAUUCAAGCAUAUCAGAACCAGAUGAAGGACAAUCUGUGGACCCCUACUACUAAUCUGUCUGUGAUGAGUUGUCCACAGUCUGUUCAUUCUUUCAUUAUUUCUCUAAAAUGCUUAAACCCAUAAAUUGAAUUGAGAAAGCUCAUGAAAUAUACAUAUGUAUUUUUAAACAUUUCAGCAUUGUAUUUGUUAAAAGUGGCCACCCCUGUUGAAAACCAAGGUGUUAGAGAACUUUGUCAAAUCUCACUUGUAGACACAUAGGGCUGGUACAUGUUUAACAACUGAUAAAUUAGUUUAAAUAAAAAGUAUUCAGACCUCUUGUGUCCCAUGCAGGAGGUGGUUAUUUGCAUAUUAAGAUAUCUGUACUGGGUGUAUUAAUCUUCAGACCAUAUGGGUAGUCUGCUUGGUCAUGAGGACAAGAUGAACAAUACACAUCAUUAUUUUUGGAAAAAUAUAAGUGAAAUAGAGCAGUUGUGUGAUAUUGCACUCACCAAAAGGCAAUUUUAUAAGAUGAAUACAAUGUCACAUAUACUAACUUUCAUGGCAAUAAAUAUUUCUUCUUUUAUUAGGAUAAGAAAACAGGAAAAUGUAAAUAGCACUUGAAUUGGAUGAAUUGGAUCUUAAUUUCUGUUCAAGUGUAAUUAAAAAAAAUAAAUUUUUGUAUUAAUGCUUCUUUAUAUGAGAAAUAAACUUGAGUGAAUUCUA